UUCAUCUAGUCUUGUUUAUGAUGGUUGGGACGGGCAUUAUGAAGAUUGGAGCUCACUUAUAUGUUAUGUGGUUCUUGUAUUUUAUAGGAUGACGCUACUUCUGGGGCCUCCUGGUGCUGGGAAAACUACAUUGCUAAAAGCACUUGCCGCGGUUCCAGAUAAGGACUUAAGAGUGAAUGGAAGAAUCAGUUAUUGUGGUCAUGAACUGUCAGAAUUUAUUCCUCAAAGGACAUGUGCUUAUAUAAGUCAGCAUGAUAUUCAUCACGGAGAGAUGACAGUUAGAGAGACGUUGGAUUUUGCAGGACGUUGUUUAGGAGUUGGAACAAGAUAUGAGCUGCUUACUGAAUUAUCAAGGCGUGAAAAGGAUGUAGGAAUUAAACCUGAUCCUGAGAUGGAUACAUAUUUGAAAGCUACCGCUGUUUCAGGCCAAGAAUCUAGUCUGGUCACAGACUAUGUCCUUAAGAUACUUGGGAUGGAUAUAUGUGCUGAUAUAUUGGUCGGUGAUGAUAUGAGAAGGGGUAUAUCUGGUGGACAGAAAAAGCGGCUCACAACGGGAGAAAUGUUGGCUGGUCCUGCUAAAGUUUUCUACAUGGAUGAAAUAUCAACUGGCCUCGACAGCUCAACCACCUUUCAAAUUGUGAAAUACAUGAGGCAAAUGGUCCAUAUUAUGGAUGUAACCAUGAUAAUCUCUCUGCUUCAACCUGCACCAGAAACCUAUGAUCUUUUCGAUGACAUUAUAUUGCUUUCUGAGGGAAAAAUUGUCUACCAAGGUCCACGUGAGAAUGUCUUGGAGUUUUUUGAGAGUGUUGGAUUCAAAUGCCCAGAAAGGAAAGGAGUUGCUGACUUCCUGCAAGAGGUUACUUCUCUAAAGGAUCAAGAACAGUAUUGGUUCCGAAGAAAUGAACCUUACAAGUAUAUUUCAGUGGCUGAAUUUGUAGAGCGCUUUACUAAUUUUCAUGUUGGACAACAGCUUUUUGAAGAACUUGGAGUUCCUUAUGACAAAAGGAAAACUCAUCCUGCUGCACUGGUUACUGAGAAGUAUGGUAUCUCCAACAUGGAACUCUUCAAGGCAUGCUUAUCGAGGGAAUGGCUAUUGAUGAAGCGAAAUUCCUUCUUAUACAUAUUUAAGACAUUCCAGAUCACUCUGACGGCAAUAAUUACCUUUACAGUAUUCUUUAGAACAGAGAUGAAAACUGGUCAGAUCGCAGAUGGAGGCAAAUUUUAUGGUGCCUUGUUUUUCAGCCUCAUCAAUAUAAUGUUCAAUGGUACAGCAGAGCUUGCACUUACCGUUAUCAGACUUCCUGUGUUUUAUAAACAGAGAGAUUCUUUGUUUUACCCAGCUUGGGCUUUCGCUCUUCCCAUUUGGCUUUUAAGAAUCCCCCUUUCUUUUGUGGAAUCACUGAUAUGGAUCGUGCUUACUUAUUACACCAUCGGGUUUGCUCCUGCUGCAAGUAGGUUUUUUCGCCAAUUCUUGGCAUUUUUUGCUUUGCAUCUAUCGGCUCUGUCUCUCUUCCGUUUUAUUGCUGCACUUGGAAGGACUCAAGUAGUUUCUAGCACUUUUACAACUUUCACAAUAUUGAUAGUCUUUGUGCUUGGUGGUUUCAUCGUUGCAAAAGAUGACCUGGAACCAUGGAUGCAAUGGGGCUACUAUAUUUCUCCUAUGACAUAUGGACAGAAUGCAAUUGCCAUCAAUGAGUUUCUGGACGAAAGAUGGAGUACUCCCAACAAUGACACAAGAUUUUCUGAGCCAACAGUCGGCAAGGUUCUUCUCAAGGCAAGGAGCAUGUAUACAGAAGACCAUGUUUUCUGGCUCUGUGUUGUUGCCCUAUUUGCCUUCUCGUUUAUCUUCAACUUUGGCUUUAUCUUGGCGCUGACAUACCUAAACCCACUUGGAGAUUCUAGGUCAGUUAUUUCAGAUGAUGACAGAAGUAAGAAAAAGAAGCAAACGGAGGGCAUAAGGGACACUAACAGCUCCAGUAGUGAAGAAGCCAAGAAAAAAGGAAUGGGGCUUCCUUUCCAGCCCUUGUCAAUUGCAUUUAAUCAUAUGAAUUAUUACGUCAAUAUGCCAGAUGAAAUGAAAGUCCAAGGAGUUGAGGAUACUCGUCUCCAAUUGCUACGAAAUGUUAGUGGUGCUUUCAGGCCCGGAGUUCUAACGGCCUUAGUUGGUGUAAGUGGUGCUGGAAAGACCACCCUGAUGGAUGUUCUAGCAGGAAGGAAAACAGAAGGCUCCAUUGAAGGAAGCAUCAGUAUUUCUGGUUAUCCAAAGAAUCAAUCAACUUUUGCUCGCAUAAGUGGUUAUUGUGAACAGAAUGACAUUCAUUCUCCACAUGUUACCGUUUAUGAGUCGUUGGUAUACUCAGCUUGGUUGCGUCUCUCUCCAGAUGUAAAGAAACAAACACGGAAGAAUUUUGUCGAAGAAGUAAUGGAUUUAGUCGAGUUGAAUUCUCUGAGAGACUCCCUAGUUGGCCUUCCAGGGGUAGAUGGCCUCUCAACUGAACAGAGAAAAAGGCUGACCAUAGCUGUAGAGCUUGUGGCAAAUCCAUCUAUUGUUUUCAUGGAUGAACCAACAUCAGGACUUGAUGCUAGAGCUGCAGCAAUUGUGAUGCGAACCGUAAGAAACACUGUGGAUACUGGGAGAACUGUUGUCUGCACUAUCCACCAGCCCAGCAUAGAUAUCUUCGAAGCAUUUGAUGAGCUGUUACUGAUGAAAAGAGGAGGACAAGUCAUAUAUGCAGGGCCUCUUGGUCAUCAUUCUCACCUGCUGAUCGAGUAUUUUCAAUCUGUUCCAGGGGUUCCUGAAAUCAAAGAGGGAAUCAAUCCUGCUACCUGGAUGCUGGAUGUCUCUUCUCCGGCUGUUGAGGCUCAACUACAAGUAGAUUUUGCCGACAUUUAUGCCAACUCUGAGCUGUAUAGGAGGAAUCAAGAACUUAUCAAAGAACUAAGCAUUCCCGCACCAGGAUCCCAAGAUCUUCACUUCCCCACGAAAUUCUCUCAACCGUUUUUUGAACAGUGCAAGGCUUGCUUUUGGAAACAACACUUGUCCUAUUGGCGGCAUCCACAGUAUAAUGCCAUUCGGUUUGCUAUGACAGCAAUGAUAGGAGUAAUAUUUGGAAUCAUCUUUUGGAAUAAAGGGAACCAAUUGUCCAAACAACAGGACCUGUUAAAUAUAGUUGGAGCUAUAUAUGCGGCUGUUAUGUUCCUCGGUGGAACUAAUACUUCAACCGUGCAGUCUGUUGUUGCCAUAGAAAGAACAGUCUUUUAUCGAGAGAAAGCAGCAGGAAUGUUUUCAGCACUCCCUUAUGCAUUUGCUCAGGUUAGAGUAACUUCAAUCAAACAUAUGCUAUAGAAUUUCUGGAAAAUCAAUUGAUCAUUGAUAAGCGAUUCAUACUUGUGGCAUAUGCAGGUGGUCAUAGAGACUAUUUAUAUUGCGAUUCAAACAUUUAUUUACAGCCUUAUUCUGUUCACAAUGAUUGGAUUCCAGUGGACGGUUGGAAAGUUCUUUUUGUUCUACUUUUUUGUUUUCAUGUGCUUCGUCUACUUCACUAUGUAUGGAAUGAUGCUUGUCGCACUCACUCCAAACUACCACAUUGCUGCAAUCGUAAUGUCUUUCUUCCUCAGCUUUUGGAACUUGUUCUCUGGUUUCGUUAUUUCAAGAACGCAAAUUCCUAUAUGGUGGAGGUGGUACUAUUGGGGCUCUCCAGUGGCAUGGACAAUAUAUGGCCUAGUAACGUCUCAAGUAGGCGACAAAAGCAAUCUCAUUGAGAUACCAGGAAGUGGUGAGGUAUCGUUAAAGUCGUAUCUGAAGGAAAGCUGUGGUUUUGAGUAUGACUUCCUGGGAGUUGUUGCUGCAAUGCAUGUAGUAUGGGCAGUUUUCUUCUGCUUUGUUUUUGCUUAUGCCAUCAAGUUCUUGAAUUUCCAGAGGAGAUAAGUGAAAUUUGAUUCUGAAUGUAGAGUUUUGCAUUCACAUAAAAUGUGCAUAAGCUACGGAUAGAUAAUUUUUUCUGGAGAACUAUAGCCUACUAUAAUGAAUUUUAGUUUUUUGCUCACUGAGCUCAUUUCAUGGUUGCACAGAAAUUAUUCUUUUUGUGUGUCAAAUUCAUCAUUUUUUUUUGUGGAAAUUUCUUCAAGGCAUUAUUUUCAUGAACCACUGUGAUGUGAUUGUAUAACUCCUUCACGUGACGCUUGCAAAUAAUAUAACGAGUCCUAAGUUUGAAUAAAAGAGACAGAAUGGAUAUAUAGAUGAUUCAUGU